AUGGGUGCCUGUAUGAGCUCGAACAACGAGGAGGUGGAGCAGAAGAAGAAGAGCCAAGCGAUCGACAGACAACUGGAAGAGGACUCCAAGAGGUUACGCAGAGAAUGCAAGAUUCUCCUGCUCGGCUCUGGAGAGAGCGGCAAGUCCACGAUAGUCAAGCAGAUGAAGAUCAUCCACUUGAAGGGCUACUCCGAAGACGAACUAUACAACUAUCGGCCGACCGUUUUUAAGAAUCUGGUAGAAUGCGCGAAAGCAGUGAUACAAGCGAUGCGACAGUUUGACAUCGAGCCCCAAAUCGAAGCGAACAAGGCCUACGCCACUUACCUCCUAGAGUACACGGCCGAGUCUGGCCCCCAGGCACACAUUGAUCCCCAGAUCGGCGUCGCUAUCCAGUCAAUAUGGAGCGACCCUGCAAGGGAACAGCUCAUGGACAGGCAGACCGAAUUCUAUCUGAUGGACUCGGCGGAAUACUUCUUCCAAGAGGUCAUGCGGAUUGUCUCUCCAGACUAUCUCCCCAAUGAGAUGGACGUUCUCAGGGCCAGAACCAAAACAACCGGCAUCUACGAAACAAGAUUUCAGAUGGGACAACUCAGCAUACACAUGUUCGACGUCGGCGGUCAAAGAAGCGAAAGAAAGAAGUGGAUUCACUGCUUUGAGAACGUCACCUCCAUCAUUUUCUGCGUUGCUCUCAGCGAGUACGAUCAAGUCCUGCUUGAGGAGUCCAGUCAGAACCGUAUGAUGGAAAGUUUACUCCUGUUUGAUUCUGUAGUCAACUCGAGGUGGUUCAUGCGCACCAGUAUCAUCUUGUUCCUAAACAAGGUGGAUAUCUUUAAGCAAAAGCUUGGGCGCUCACCAUUGGGCAACUACUUCCCCGACUACUCUGGCGGCAACGACGUCAACAAGGCGGCCAAAUAUCUCCUCUGGAGGUUUAACCAGGUCAAUCGAGCACAUCUCAAUUUAUAUCCCCACCUGACUCAAGCAACCGACACGUCGAAUAUCCGAUUGGUGUUUGCGGCAGUUAAGGAGACGAUCCUCAACAACGCCCUUCGGGACUCGGGAAUCCUAUGA